CUCCCAAUCCUGUACGUCAGGCAAGAAGGGACAAAACAAAGAUGUCAAACUUGUCUCGUAGCGAAGAGACAAGAAAAACAGAAAAUAUUAUUUUUGGGGAUAUUUUUUUACACAUGAUAAAUCUCGUCUAGGUUUUGAACAAAUCUUAUUUAGUAUCUCUUCGGACAUUUGGUUUUUAUCCCUCGAGCUAAGUUUGUUUCCACAAGAAUCAUUAGCAGGUUAGCAGCGGUUAGUUUGGUGUUUUUUUUUUUGAAGACGUUUCUUUCGUGUGUUCGCUCAUGGUACGAGCAGGGACGGGGUUUUUCUGCCCGAUGAAACGCUAAACAGUGUGAGUAAGCAGCUCUGGACUUUCCUGACUCAUCUAUUUCUGAUGUAAAAGAAGAAAAUUUACCGGCACCAGCAGCGGUUUUGACCGGACAUCUUCAGCGCGUGACGCUUUUCACUUGAUUUCCUUUCUGAGUAAGCAGAGUAAACCCCACUUCCUGUCUGGUUUACCUCUUUUGGCUCGUUUUUUGGAAAAAUGGCGGCAAAUAAACCCAAAAUGCCGAACUCUCUGGCCCUCCACAAAGUGAUAAUGGUGGGCAGUGGUGGAGUGGGCAAAUCCGCGCUCACGCUCCAGUUCAUGUAUGACGAGUUCGUAGAAGACUACGAGCCCACAAAAGCAGAUAGCUACAGGAAGAAAGUGGUGUUAGAUGGAGAGGAGGUGCAGAUUGAUAUUCUGGACACGGCAGGGCAGGAAGACUACGCCGCCAUUCGGGAUAACUACUUCCGCAGCGGAGAGGGCUUCCUUUGCGUGUUCUCCAUCACUGAAUCAGAGUCUUUCGCUGCCACUGCUGACUUCAGAGAGCAGAUCCUCCGAGUAAAGGAGGACGAGAACGUGCCCUUCCUGCUGGUCGGAAAUAAAUCCGACCUGGAGGACCGGAGGCAGGUGGGAGCAGAGGAAGCCAAAGCCCGAGCCGAUCAGUGGGGCGUCAGCUACGUGGAGACGUCCGCCAAAACCCGGGCCAACGUGGACAAGGUGUUUUUUGAUCUCAUGCGUGGAAUCCGAGCCAGGAAAAUGGAGGAGGGUAAGGAGAACGGGAAAAAUAAAAGGAGGAGCUUAAUGAAGAGGAUUCGGGAGAGAUGUUGUAUUUUAUAAGUGACUGACUGACCUUUUUUGCGCUGUGAUGUCACUUCCUCCAAUUUCCACUAUCUGUCUAAUUACAGCUCAUGGUUUGUUUUUUUUUGAAGGGUAAAAAGGGACAGAAAAUCAGGUAUGUACAUGUGUACUUGUGAACGAUGAGACUUUGAUUUUAUUAUUUAAAAAUGUACAUAGGUUGAGUGAUGACACUACUGUGGGUUUUGGCUUUAUUUUCAAGCACACUAAGGGAGGACCCAGUGCUACCACGGGGGGAAAAAUAUCAAUGAGGCUGCUUUCACACUUGGCAUGUUUUCCUAAGAGUCAGCACACAUUUUACAUGCAUGUUGACAGGAAGCGGACACUUAACUGAGCACUUCUAAAGUUGAAAAGCUUUUCAGAAAAGUGUAGCGGUUUAAAAGAAAAAAAAAAAAAAACUUCCUAAAUAGUCAGGUUGUGGGUUUAGGGGCAAAGAAGAAAAAUAGGUCCCCUAUGGAUACAUGUGGCUACUGCUUAUAAAUAAAAUAGUUUUCUGAUCCCAUGUCCAUACAGUAAAUAUAGCAUAUACUGUAUAUUUACUCUGAGACAGUAGUUACAACAAUGCAGCGUAAUCCAAAAAUGAACAAUUUAAAAAAGUCACAGAAGUGUCUAUACUUUAUAUUAUUCUACUCUUACCUCUUAGUUUUCAAGACUGAAACCUCUGAACCAAGGCUGACAUACACACACGUCGUCGCCAUGACCCAAACUCUUAUUUCCUGGAAAUGGCCCAGCGCUAGAGCUCAAUACUCUUUUCGACAACUUCCUGUAACAACUCGGAAGUGAGUCACAUCUACAUCACACACAGGACCACUGGCCAAAGAAGGCGAGGAAAGGGGGACAACCUGGAGUACAUUUUAAAAUAGGAACACACUUUCCCUCAGCAAUAAGCAUCAGCAUGUCUGAAAGCGAUUUCUUUAGUCUAUUUAUUUCAAAUGGUGAACCGAACUGUAUACACUCACCAUUUUAAUAGGAACACCUGUAUGUGUAGUGCGCAGUUGUUACUCAUUCUUACAGCACGAUGACAGUGGCUGCAGCCUCUAUGAAGCAGUAGCCACAAAAACAAACAUGGAGGACAGCAUGCAGGGGGGGAAAAAAAAAACAACUUGAAGGAAUAAGCGUCAAUUUCACUAGUACACAACAUGACAUCCCAACUCUGCACGUACGUAGUCACAUCCCACAGUCAUCAGCUUAAGUUCUUUUGAUUUUCUGUCUCCAAAACUACAGCAAAAGCAAUCCUCCUCAUCACCAGAACUAGACCAGUCUUUUUCAUCAGCAUUAGAGCGCGGAUACUAGCUCGGACUGGCAUGAGCCGUUAGUUACAGUGCUCGCGUUUUUUUUUUUUGGGUAUAAGCACAAAAGACGCUCUAGUUGGCACUUUCUGGGAAUUACAACUCAAUGGCAUCUGAGACAAGUCUAUUUGUAUCCCUGAAAUCACUUAAUAUCCCUUGACCAUGUUUAGAUUGAUGCCAAAAUGAAAUCAGUUCAUCAAGCGGGAGCAAGUCCACAACUCUUGUACUGCUGUAACGACUCAAUUUUGAUGCGACACUAACAAGAAUUUCCUAACGACAGACUGGCGGUAUAGCCACAAAGCAACCUUGACUUCCUGAACAUGAAGGCAUACUUAAAGUGCCAUUCCACCAUUGGAUGUAUUCUUUGGCAUAAAAUACAAUAUAUUUUGACAACAUAUAUAAAUGGUAUCACUAGAUAGAGAAAUCUUUUAGCUUCAAAAUGAUAAACAAUUUGACAACGACAAGUAUAU